AUGAGGCUACACUGGUUAGGGAACUGUUUUUCUUUCAAUACGUGCCAGCCAAUCCCACCAAGCUCAAGCCAAAACUUCAUUGCUAGCAACAAAAAUUCAGCAAUGGCUCUACAAGACAUUUGCAUCAAUUUGCUCCAAGUGGCCGACGAUAUUCUGGCGUCUACAGAUGAUGCACAUUCCAACAGCUACAUGAAAAAUGGGAGGAAGUAUCGGAUGACUAACGGCGGGUUCGUGAGGGUUCAGGAAGAGGACAAAUCAUUGGUGAUUGAAGAUGGCGAAUCUGAUGGGAGUACCGCUCUAUUUUCGGCUUACACUGUGCUUUCAAAGACAGGAUCCGUUUUGGUGGAUUACCCCGAUCUGUGUCUGUCCAUCAUGAUGACUGCCAGAGAGAUAGAGAGGCAAAAAUGGUACGAAUCCAACACAAAGGUGGUGGACAUCUCAGAAUCCACCUACGACCCGUUUGCACUAGAAGAUGAGGCUAGAGAGUAUCUGGAGUCACAUACCGCUACGGCGGAUCACCUCAAGGAUGGGUGCUCGCUAUUGGCCGCGGCAAAGAUCAAUUUUUUCCACACUGACCAUCAUGUGGGAAAGCCCAAGCUCCAGGGAAUAGCCAUGAGGAAGGUUGUGACCAAGAUGUGUGGUCACACCAACAAAUGUCUCAAGUCGGAGGAUGUAUACAAUGCUGUUAGGGCCUUUGUUCAUUGGUGUUCUAUCCGAGGCGUCUUGCACUGUUUGGGGUUGAGGACCAUUAGUAUUGAGUCUGAAUUAGAGGAGAGCUUUAAAUCAUUUCCAGAGCAACCAGAAUGGAUCUGUGAAUCGUUAAAGGGAAGAUACCCUGCUGGUACCUCGCAAUACAUGUUGGUAAAAAAGUCUCUGACGGUGAUCUCCCACUCUACCUACGGGGCUUUGCUGAGCAUACCACCGAACCUGGUGUCGGAGAUCCACAAAUUCUGGAAAAUUUGCGAGGAUAUCGAGACCAGUCCAGAGCAGUAUCACAUCCGUUCAAAAGCUGCGAAUUUGUCUCUGAGCCCUGUCACUCUGUCGUCAUUACCUGACAUCUCGAGGAUCUUGACGCUUUGUGGGUGCGUUUUCCAUGGUUCAAAAGGUAAGGUAGGCUCGAACCUGGUGCUGACAUCAAAGUUUCCCAAAAGACAGACCAUUGAGCAAAGCUCAUACCACGAAAGAGUCAGGCUUCUUAACAGUAUCAUAGAAAAGAACACAGAGCUGUCAGAGGAGGAGCUUAUUGAGAAAAUAGGUGAGAUGAAGAACAGCUUCAAGCAGGUGAUUGGGGCUUUGCUUGAAGAAACAGAUUGA